AAAGAAAACAACAGACAAACAAUAAUUAUUAUUUCCUCUCUCUAAAAAAAUCAUGUAGAGAGAGAAACUUAAUUACUUAAUUCCAUCUAUAUCCUCAGUUUCUCUCUCUUAAUCUCCGAGAUUUUCUCUCCACCGUUGAUUUCGUCGGCUUAUCGCCAUCUUUGCCGACACCUGUAAUAGUCGGCGCUCCUCUGUUCGUUGCUUUUCAAAUAUUGAUUAAAUAAUUUGGAGGGAAAUUAAAAUAAUAAAUAUUGUUUUAUUAUUUUUUCAAUUGAUUGCUAUAUUAGAUAGUAAGUGAGAGAAGUGAAAUUAAACAAGAAAUUGUUAAUUUAGGGUUAAAAAUGGAGCCGCGUGUCGGUAAUAAGUUUCGUCUCGGUCGUAAGAUCGGUAGCGGUUCAUUCGGAGAGAUCUAUCUCGGUUCCAAUAUCCAAACUAAUGAGGAAGUUGCAAUUAAGCUUGAAAAUAUUAAGACAAAGCAUCCACAGUUGCUUUAUGAGUCAAAAUUAUAUAAAAUUUUACAAGGAGGAACUGGGAUUCCGAAUAUUAGAUGGUAUGGUGUCGAAGGGGACUACAAUGUUCUUGUUAUGGAUUUACUUGGACCUAGUCUUGAAGAUUUAUUCAACUUUUGUAGUAGGAAACUGUCUCUCAAGACUGUUCUUAUGCUUGCUGACCAGAUGAUUAAUCGUGUUGAAUUUGUUCAUUCCAAAUCUUUCCUUCAUCGAGAUAUCAAGCCGGAUAACUUCUUAAUGGGCUUAGGGAGACGCGCAAAUCAGGUCUAUGUCAUUGACUUUGGUCUGGCUAAGAAGUACAGAGACACUUCAACUCAUCAGCAUAUCCCUUACAGAGAGAAUAAGAAUUUGACGGGAACUGCAAGAUAUGCCAGCAUGAAUACUCAUCUUGGCAUUGAACAAAGCCGCAGGGAUGAUUUAGAAUCACUUGGAUAUGUUCUCAUGUAUUUUCUAAGAGGAAGUCUUCCCUGGCAAGGACUAAAAGCAGGGACCAAGAAGCAGAAGUAUGAAAAGAUCAGUGAGAAGAAAGUGUCAACUUCAAUCGAGGCAUUAUGUCGGGGUUAUCCCACAGAAUUUGCAUCCUAUUUCCAUUACUGUCGAUCAUUGCGUUUUGAUGAUAAACCUGAUUAUGCUUAUCUGAAACGGCUAUUCCGUGAUCUUUUCAUUCGUGAAGGUUUUCAAUUUGACUAUGUCUUUGAUUGGACAAUUUUGAAGUAUCAGCAAUCCCAGAUUGCUAAUCCUCCUACCCGUGCUCUUGGUUCGGGUGCUGGACCAAGCUCUGGCAUGCCGCCUUCUGGUGCAAACAUCGACAGACAGAUAGGAGGUGAAGAGAGUAGACCUGGUUGGCCUAUGGAUCCCACUCGAAGGAGAAACUCUGGACCAAUUACUAGCUCUGCAAGUUUGACGAAACAAAAAGGUCCUGUUGCGAAUGAUCUAUCCUCAUCCAAAGAUGCUACAUUAUCCAGCUCAAAUUUCCUGCGGUCAAGUAUAACGUCAAGACGACCUGCAAUUUCUAGCAGCCGUGAUGCAUCUCUUAUUGGGAACGAAUCUGAUCCAACUCGCUCUCGUACGACCGAUCCGAGUCCAGCAGUCAAAAUAUCUGGUGGACAGCGAAGUACGUCUGUUUUAUCAGCAGAGCAGAAGCAUCUGUCUUCUGUCAGAAAUCCCCCAACUAUAAAAACUUUUGAGUCGACUAUUCGGGGCAUUGAGAGCCUGCACUUCAACAACGACGAGAAGGUACAAUAUUAGUGGAUGCCAAUCUCAGUGCUCUCUUUUCACCCGUGUAAAUUUGAAAGCAGAUGCUAUUAUUACAUUACAUAGUGAAUAUGAUGUGUUGUUAUGCCUUGUGGUAUAGUCGCUCGUUGGUAACGCCGCGGCAAUGUAAUUUGGCGGAUCCCUUUUUAUGACGUCAUGGCAAAUUGGCAAUACUGUUGAGAUGCACCAUGCGCUGGUACAUGUAUAGUUUCAAUUUUAUGACAACAUGAUGAUAGCUUACUGCUUCCGUAUGAACUCUGCUAAAUUUACCGAUCAAGGGUUUAUGGUAAUAAGACAGUUAUACUGCA